GAGUGAACCAAAAUGGAGUCGUAGAGUUUGUGUUGAAAUUUAGUGACAUUUUUUGUUAUUUCUCGGGUAAAUAUGCCGCUAAAAGGUAACAACGAACUGCCUUUACCCGAGACUUUUGAAGUGGCAACAGAUUUUGAUGGCAAAGUAUUCUACAUCAACCACGUAACGAAGGAAACAUCAUGGAUUGACCCAAGAGAUGCUUACACCAAGCCAAAAACAUUUGCUGACUGUGAGGGGGAUGAAUUGCCCUAUGGUUGGGAAGAGAUGUAUGACCCUAGACUUGGCAUAUACUACUACACAAACCAUGCUACCAAGGUGAACCAGUUGGAGGACCCCAGGUUGCAAUGGAGGGCCAAACAGCAGGACAUGUUGAAGGAAUAUCUCAGUACAGCACACGAAGAUCUGGAGACUAAGAGAGAUAUCUACUCAGUUAAACAACAAAGAUUGGAGUUAGCCAAGGAUGAGUAUCAGCAUUUGAAUGAGACAUUAGUGCACAGUGGCUGGAAGACAACAUCAUCAAGCAGUCUCAACUCCACCUCAAGUGUAGGAAGUACGAAGUAUGACCCAGACUUGCUAAAAGCAGAUGUACAUCUGGCUAAGAAACGUAUCGCUCGUCUCCGGGGAGAAUUACAACAGAUCCGCACUGAGAUGUCCUACAAAGAGAGAGGAGUGGAGACACUCACUCAGAUUGACAGCAAGAUGGCAGGACAGCCUGGUGGCUAUAACCUGCAGGAGGCACAGGCAAUAAUGCAAGAGAUUCGCAAUAUUCAACAAUCUCUCUCUUCUGGCGAGCGAGAGAAGCAGAAUUUGAUCCAAUCCCUUGCAAAACUGAAGGAUGAUAUGCCUCUGAGGUUGGUGACGGAGGGUUCUUCACCCGAUCUUUCAUUGUUGUCUAUUCCACAUGAGAUUAUCAGCACAGAGUCACAGACUGACCUUACUGGAGAGUACAACACAGGUGCACGUCUUGCCGAGAUGGCCAGAAUGAGGCUGCAAUAUGAUGAGGCGAGGAAACGUAUUACUACGAUACAGCGUAACUUAUCUAGCGUUGAGGAUCACAUGGUUCCUGGUCAAACUGAGUCAGAUAAGGAUAGGUUAUUACUCAUACAAGAAAAAGAACAACUUUUACGAGAACUAAGGAGUAUAGUGCGAACUAAAGGACGCUCAGAAGCUGAAAUUGUAGAAACAAAUGAACAAAUAAGACAAUUGCAAAAAGAAUUAGCAGAGGCAAUGGAAAUAUCAAAUCGUCAGAUUGCUGAGCGUAUUAAGCUUCAAGAUGAGAGAACAUUGUGUAUUGAACAGUUGAUUGAAGCGACUAAAGAAACAGCACGGCUUGAGAGCAAACUCAGAAGUCUCUCUCAAAGUACUUUAUCAUCGGGAUCAAGUCGUGGAUCUCUUGGAUCCCUAGGAUCACUAUCAGCCAGUAGUAAGGGAUCUCUGAACUCAUUGUCUCUCACGGAUAUUUAUGGCACAUCGCAAUACCCAAACAAUGAGAACAAUAAUCUACAUGACCUUCACAGCUGGGUGAACCAGAUUAUGAAAGGGCAUAACAGUAUUAGUACAAUACCAGAGGCAGUGUCACCUACAGUGUCACUGAACAACUCAUUUCAAAACCUAGCAAUAACUGAUAUAAAUAUAGAUGGAGCCACUGGAUCUAUCCCAGAAUCCCCUGAGGCAGUUCAGCAGACGACACCCACAAGUCUUCCAAUUUCUUCACAGCAAUAUGAUAUUGGGAUUGGGGCACCCCCAUCCUAUGAACAACAUUUACAACAAGUGAUAGCUGGGCACCCACAGGGGGCACCACCUAUUCAUGAACAAUCACCCAAUGUAUAUAAAAACCCACCCCAAACAAAUACAAACUAUAGCCCCACUAGUAAACAAAGAAUACCUCAUUUACCUUUAGACUCUAGUGCAACCCCUAUUUUAGAAAAUAUAAACAAUCGUCAACAUGCUGUUGUCACGGAGACUGGAGAGCCACCAUUGAGCCCAAUAAGUGAGUCAAGCUCGGGAGUGUGCAAUAAUCUCUCAGGAGUGAAUACACGGAGUGUUUCCGCAGCUGUGUCAGAUGAGAGUGUUGCUGGGGAUAGUGGAGUUUUUGAGGCCAGUGUAAAAAGAAUGGAUGAAGAUGGACUCCCAGAAAAAGAUCUAGAGUCUGCCCAGAUUCAAAUUAAGUUAAAAUAUGAGGGAGUUGAAGGACAGCUUCAUAUUGGAGUUGAACAGGCAAGGAAUCUUGCUGCCCUGGCCAUACCAGAACGAUCCCUUGUGAUGAUAAAAACUAGCCUUCUACCUAGCCCACUAAGUCAAGCCUUAUGUACAAAACCAUCAAGCAAUCUGAACUCGCCAAAAUGGAAUGAACUUUUUAAACUCCAAAUAUUGGAAAAUAAAUUGUGUUCUAAAACUUUACAAGUCAAUAUAUGGUGCCGUAAUCAUCUAAACCAGGAGGAGCACUUGGGUUGUGUUCAAGUCAGCCUUGCAGAUUUUGAUCCAAAGACAGUGUCUAUCAAAUGGUACAAUGUGCUUAGCUUUAAGUUUAUGCAAGCUGAUGUGACUCCUUCAAGAAAGACUAAGCUGCCAAAAAUACCAUCUCCAGAUGUGCCAGAAAAUGUGUCUGUGACGCAGGAAGAUGAGAAAAAAGUAAAGAAACUUCUAGAAGGAACAUCUGCUAGAUUACGUAAGUCUUCCAUUAAAGAGAGGCCUCUGUCUAAAGAACGUCAUCGCUCAUCGUCACUUGAUUCUGGGGCAAUUAGAGGUACCCAUGCAGCUGUGUUGUCAAUGAGGGAAGAGAGUAGUGAUGAAUCUACGAUCAUAUCAUCACAAACUUCAACUCUCACCAGGAAUCAAGGGCCAGAAGAUAUGAUAAAACAUGGCAAUCAAAAUGGGCCUGAAGAAAUCUCUAGUGAGAGCCAAGAAGAAGACGUUGACGACGAAACACCAGGUCUUUCAACAGAUGACUUCAUCCAGAGUGACACAACUGAGCGUGGCACAGAUUAUGAUGAACUUGAGGCGCAGCAUGGAUCUCCCAGUGAUACCCUAGUGAAGACUGCCACCUGUGAGGCGGGUGUUAACACAGAGGGGGAGUACAAGGGUCUGAGAAGUGUCAAAGAUAUGGUAAAAAGCAAAGAACAGGAAAACAGUGAUUACAUAUGCAAGUUGAACCGCAGUGACAGUGAUAGUUCUGUGCCAACAUUCAGACGUGGUGGAUCCUUCCAGAGAAACUCAUUCGAGAGGCGAAGUUUGAGAUGGAAGAAGUCGCCGUCCCCCCACAAUAAGCACCAACAGCCAACAGUAGUAGAACGUGGUCCUAACAUGAAGACCUCCAUGGACUUGGAGCUAGACCUACAGGCUUCACAAACAAAGCUUGCCUACCUACAUGAAGAGAUAGCCAAGCUGAAGGAAGUGAAAAGAGUCAUAGAAGAGGCCCAGCAUGGAGACCAAGAACUGCCUGCCUGGUUCACUGAUAGUGAUGAAUGGCAGAAGCUACUGGCAGAUGCUAGGAGAAUGUUCAACAAAGAUUCUGGUAAUCUCAGUAGAGAAGAAAGAAAGGCAGAAGCUUUGCUGAGAAAGGUCACUAAGGAAGUCUAUAAGCUAAGGAAACAUCAGAAACGUGAACCAGACGUCAUGUCAUUUAGAGAAAAGAUGGCCUUCUUUACAACUGUGAACAUGAGUAUACCGGUGAUUCCGAGUGAGCUUUCGUCAGACUCGGAGGAAGAAGUAAAGAUGGCGACAAUAAAACGUGUCAAAAAACCGAAACAAAAAAGUGCGGAUAAAACUGGAGAUCCUGACACGUCACCAAAGAGUCCUAAUUCCUCAUCACUAAAGGACAGUAAAAAGAUCUGAGUGAUUUGAUUGGUGGUCCAUUAUUUAUGGAUUAUUCGAGGGAUUAGCAGGUGGUGCCCUCUAUCUGGGUAUUUCAUGAUCACGAUAUGAGAUCAUUGCCUUGAGAUUAAUGGAGUUAUCUUAGCUCUCUCGUAGCACCAGCUCUUGAGACUUAAACUACCAUAUUCUCCUCCAAAUACGGACAGAAGUUGCUUCUGCAGGGAGUAUUAUCUGAAGCUAUGCCUGGAGAGCGAAAUGUCAGAAAUGUGACUUGCCAAACCAGAAAUAUAUGGUGCAAUUGUGAUGGGCGAUUCUAUUGGAAUCACAUUUAUUUGAAGUGGAGGCUAAAAAUAAUCAACAGUGCCUUGUGAGGCAGAUCAUUCACACAGGGGUGAGUUGUGUGGAUUAUAUCACACAGUGGGCCAGACUUGUCAUGUCAUGGAUUCAUUGUAAUUUAACAUGUAACAAGCAGCUUUAAGAUGAAAGAGUUCAACAUUUGUGAAGACAAACUUGGAUUAUCUUGUAACUGCAAUAACCACAAGAUCUAGGAAGAGCUAGAAAUAGGAAAUAGGGACAUGAAGACAUGUAUUUGAAUGCAUAGAACAUUGAACAUAUCAUUGAAUGCAUAUGACUUGCAACCUUGGUUUAUAACAUGUACCAACUGACUGUUUCACACUACAGGAACAUACUAGUAUUUUCACUAAUUACUGGAACUGAAAAGUUGCUUUCUGUGAGAUAGCAGAAUAAUCUAAAAAAAUAUAUCAGACAUCGAGAAGAUAUGAAAAAUACGAUCUGAGUAUCGUUUCUGAGUAGAUGAUGUAAAAAGAGAUACAUUUUUUUGUUAACAUACAUGUAUUUGAAUUUAAGUUGUUUUAAUAUUUUGUAGUCUGUAAUUGUUUAUUGUGUACUAAUAUAUUUGAUAACUUUAUUUAAAAAAAGAUUUUAGUUUGAAAGUAGAGUAAUAUAUAGUUUCAUGGAACAUGUAAUUUAAUUAUGUACAUAGAUUAGAAUGAAAUGUUUCUUCAUCAGAUGAGAAUUUUUCUAGUUUUAUAAAAUAGUUUUCUUAGUGAAUUAUUAAAGCAAUAAUGGUUUUCAGAAUGUUGGAAGUUAGCAACUAGUUUUGUUAAAAAGUGUUUUUGUAUGAAAAAUAUUAUUUAUAAUGUGUUGAAUUAGGUUUGAAUAUUGGAAUGUGUUUCAAUUACCUUUGGUAAUAUUCAUGUACAGCAUGUAUUUGUAUAUCAUGCACAUGUACAAUAUG